CUUGUAUCCUUGUACCCUCCGUUUCUCUGUUAUGAGAUGAGACGCUUCGACAUGGGAUAACAUACGCCGGAGGGUUACCAUGAGCGUUCAUAUCCUUGCCGCACCAUGCUAGCUCACCCAUCUGAUCUCAACCCCGACAUGAGGUUUGAUCUACGGAAGGGGCUCGCCAAAGCCUACCUUGGAUAGGUUAGCCCAUCAUAGCUAGUCAUGUCGGUGUUGACUUACAGCCAUCCAGCUGGAUCAGCUAUAUAAUUGCAUUAUCCCAACUUCACAUCGUGAGCUCUUCUCUUUCCUUCUUCUCUCUAUCAAGCUUCAGUCCGUUCUUUGAUAUCUAAUUCGUUUCAGUUCUGCGAACUUUUCGUUCUCAACCUUUCCUUCGUUCUAUUUAUCGUAUACCGCCCGGCCGGUCCUUACUGUUUUAUUCAUUAAACUUUUUAUAUCUUUUCAAAGAGCCUGAGUCUGUUGCUUGACGCCAACUUAGUUCUUUUAUUUCGUCAUCAUGUAUACCAAGACAGCAUUUAUCUCAGCUCUAUUAGCUGUUGCCGAAGCCCGUUUCGGCCAGGAGCAAACACCCGUCGCCGAUAUCCAGGCUCUGGGUCAAUUCGGCAACCCGGGUGAAGCCGCCACACUUGCUGGAGGUGUUCCGGGCGUGCUCCUCGCUGCCGCUGACCCUUGUGCCAAGCUCAGCCACGCUGACAAGAUCGUAACGACUCUCGGCAACGACCCUAAGGUCAUUGCAGCUGCCCAGAAGCUUGUUGCUGCGGAGCAGAACUUCAACCCCUUCGUAGUGUCAGUCCCUAAUAUCUGCGGCGAUGCCAGCCUACCUGCUACGAAAGAACUCCGUGGUAUCGUUCCUCUAGUCGACCCUGCCGUAACUGGCUCCGACGUCGAGAACGCCAACUCGGCGACCUCGCUAAAGUCUCCAUUCGAUGCUACCGGCCUCAGUGUUGCACAAGUGAUGACCGCUCAGGGGUUUUCCAACUUCACUGUCAAGGGAGUUGCCGCGGGUGGCAAUGCCAACAACGGAAACAACAACGCUAGCAACGGUAAUAACCAAAAUAACAACGCCGGCUCAACCACUAUCACUACUUCUGCCGCUUCUGCCACUGCCAGUGCUACUAAAUGCGUCCGUAAAUCGAGGACCAGGACCACUAGUACCGCUGCUGCCACUUCUACUGCUGCUUCCAACAACAACAACAGUGGUAACAAUGCCAGCACAGGUGGUGCAUCUAGCCAAGCGGGCGCCGGUGCUGUUACCGAUGCCGUUACUGGUAACUUCCCCGGUUUCCAAGCCUCCAGCCUUGGCCUUGACUUCGGUACUUGCACGCCCACCGUCAAAUUCGAGGAAUCCCUCAACGGUCGCAAGGCCGGCGAGUUCACCUUCCAGGCUCAGGACCCCGUCGUUAACAAGGGUCAACAGGAAGCUCUCAACCCCAACAUCAUCUUCAACCGCAUCUGCGACCAGCUCGUCAACGUCUGCGGUGCUGCUGCCGACGCCGUUGCCGCCUGCAAGCAAGCCAAGGCUGACCUGGGUUCCGGUCCUAAGGAUGCCUCGACGGCUAACGCCUGGAAUGAGGCUCUUGGCUUUGCUGGUGUUGACAUCAACCCCGACCAGGCUCCCAAGGCCGGCCUUGUCGGCCACACGUAAAGGGGUUUUACCCGGUGUUUAGAGUUGGGUUAGGGGGCCCGUGUCCAUUUGCUUGCGAUUCUGCACAGCAAAGAGCUUCUCGAAGGGA